AUGAUGGGAAGGAAGCAAGCUGCCAUCAAGGGUGGGAAGCGCAAGAGGGAGGAAAAGGAACCCACUCUCCCUAAGCCAAAAGUUGGGAGGGUCGACUGGCUAGUCUUCCCUGCAGUUGGCGGUGCCUGGAAGCCAAACGUGUUGCCGAAGAAGGAGGUCAUGAAGAAGGUGCAGCUGAUCCUUCUGGACAUGCACUCCAGGCCAUACGUCCCCAAGUUGUACUGUGCCAAGAAAGAACGAAGAAGGAAAUCCUCCUCUCUGGGCUGGAACAAGUCCGGUGCCGCUUCUGCGGACGGGGGUGAACACCCUCCUCCACAGAUGCAAGAUGCCUCAGCCUCUCCAGCUUCUGAGAUGGAGAAAUCUUUGGAUGUUGCAGCGUGCGGAGCCGGAGGUGGCCAUCAUGGCACCCAGGUCCGCAGCCCCUGGGCAGUCAAGCCUGGAACGAGUUGUGUCUCCCCGCCCAAAUCAGGAACUCUUCCGAAAGCCCAGAUUAUUCCUGAGGGCGAGGUUGCGAGUACCAAUCACGUGGAGGUGGUGGAGCAACUGCCGAAGAACUGUGCAGAUGUUGAUACUGUUGGUGCCUCCACGGCUAAAGAUACAAAACUGAGCCUCUUGACAGGUCAUAUCUACUGCUCCCAUGGUUCCCUUUUUGAAGAUCCUUUGAUUAGCGACAACCAGGUGGCCUGUAUGAUGGAGAUGAAUCGUCGGCUCGAAACUCGUCAAGCACUCCAAGGAGAAGUCCCAAAGUUAUACUCGACUGGCGACGCGCUCAUCUGUGUAGAAGCCUUGGAGAAGCAACUUCCGGAGGUGAAAACCAGUAUUUCCAACCUCUAGGAGCAUCUUGAUGCGUCUACCUCCGCACGUUGUAACCACAUCAUGGAUAUGGAGAAGAAGGCGAAAGAGAUCUCAAGUAAGAAUAAGGUUCUGCUUGCCAUGAACAAAGGUACUCCUACUUCUGAUUGUCAGUCGAGAAGUAAUUUGAGCAAGUACUUCACUAUCUUUAUUCCCUGAAGUACUCUUCCUUCAACUUUACGCAGAACUCAAUAUUAUAGUUGUUCAUGAAGAGUCUUUACUUACUGACUACAAGUGUGGUGUAUACCACCUUACAGAGGAGAACGAGCAACUAAUGUAGGCAUACGAGCAGUUGCAGAUGUCGUACGAAGACUUGGUCAUGGACCACAAGAUUACCUGCAAACAGCUCAAAGAUGGUGACACCCAGUUGAUGAAGAAUAUGGAUCAAAUCCUUAGCAUGAACAUCCAUCUUGAGCGGAAGCAGAAGUAGCUGAAUGAGCUGGAGGACACUGCCAUGGCCGUAGUCAACAUGGUAGACACCCUAGUGGUAGGUGUGGCUCCAAGAUCUCUGCUGGAGCGUCUUCAUGAUGCUCCGCAAAAGGUUUCUGUGUACGUCUCCCAGGUGGCCAAGACCGUGACUUUGUGAAGUCCUUCUAUCUAGAUGCUGACCUGGAGCCACUGGCCGAAGGGAUGGCAGAAGAUUGUACUGAGGAGAAGUUCUCUGAAUACUUGAAGG